AUGCCUACGCCAGCUAAAUUUCUUCCAUGGCCCGACAGUAUCAUACCUUAUGUACCAAAUCCAAAGCAUAAAUUCUGGUCAACAAUAAUCGCUGCCAUUAUGGAAAUGAAUCUAAAAACCAAUGUUCAGUUUAUACCACGAACAAACGAAUUGAACUAUAUUUAUUUUAAAUAUGAAACAGACGUUUGUAAUCAAAGUGAAUGUAUAGGAAUGAAAUACAGUGAUGAUGGCAGUGGUCAAUUUGUCAAUAUUAAUAAAAAUUGUCGAAAUUUACAUGAAUUAGGUCAUGUAUUGGGUCUCAUUCAUGAACAUCAACGUAGUGAUCGUGAUCAAUAUAUUCAUGUCAUAAAAGAUAAAAUGGAUGAAAGUUGUUUUUCUCAAACACAAAUUCAAGCGAUUUGUCAUAAUUCAGAUAAUCAACAACUUCCAUAUAAUAUUCAUUCAUUUAUGCAUUACUGGUGCACAUCAGGCGCCAAAACGAAUGGGCAACAGACAAUUGUCUAUCGACCAAAUCCAUCAAUGAAAUUUGAUACGCCUGAAUAUUUGAAUGAUCUUUCAAUCGAAGCAAUUAAUCGUAUUUAUCCCACACCAUAUCAGAUAGAACUACCAGCAAAUAAUUGUACAUAUAAAUUACAUAGUAUUCAAGCAAGUGGAUGUUUGGAUGCUGGUCCUCAUCAUAUUCGUUCAGAUAGUUAUCCAUUACCAGAUACAAAUCCAUAUUUGUACUGGCAAAUCGAACAGGUGUGUUCAACAUCUGGAUGGAAUGUACUGUGGAAUGUUCAGACACAAUCAUAUUUGGAUGGUGGACCAUCACAUACAAGGAACUAUCAUCAUGGCGAACAAGAGACUAAUCAUUAUCUACAUUGGAAAAUACAUGUAGUUGUAAAUGGAGGGAAGUUUUUACAAUUAGAAAAUCGUGCUAAAUCAAUGUAUUUAAGUUGCGGCAAAAAACAUGUAAAAAAAUUUGAAUCAAAUGACGAUCAACAAAUACUAUGGUCAUUUUAUCGUGUUUGUUUAGAUCGCUAG